CGAACACCACCGUACCGCGAAGUCCGGAAACCUAGGCAAUACUCGGGUGACGAGUGGGAAACCCCUAGGGAGGGAAGUGUAGCUUCCAAGGAUGCUAGAAGAAGGUCGUCUACUGAACAGUUAGUGAGCGAACGAGGGCAAACACCCGUCGCUCGAGAUUCUAAACGUGAUACUGAAACUCGAACGAAUCAGGUGCAGCAAGGUUCUGAAGAUACCAUGUCGCUUACUGAAGAAAGUACAAACGCAACGGUGCAACAAACCCACGAGUCCCAACCGGCCGAGCCGGUUGACGAAGCAACUCAAUUAGAGGCUCGUCGGAAACGGCGUGAAGCUAUCAAAGCUAAGUAUAGAGGCCAGGCUACGCCUUUACGUUUACAGGCACUCCAUAUCGCAGGCGAUAGGGACUCGUCUACACCUAAUAGCGAGCCUGUUGCAACAAACAACGCAGCGUCAGACUCGCAGCUGUCAGCUUCCGAAACACCAAACGACAGCACUGGAGAGGCGUUCUCAGACUUCAAGAUCGGCAAGGAUGCUGAGUUGGUUAAUGACGAUGCUCCCGUGGAUGGAACUGAUAAAGAUGAACCUUCUGCAGCAGACUAUGACCCCACUCUUGACAUGAAAGCUGAGAGGGAAAAGCAUACAAGUGCGGACGUUUCUGCGGCGUCAUACGACGAGACACAAACCACCAAACAGGAUGUUCUGAUCCCUGAUGCUGCUCCAGUGCAGCAAGAACAGCCCAAGGCGAAGGACCCAUACGACAUGUUUGCAGAGGAUGAUGAUGACAUGUUCGCCGAAGAAACACACGAUACAGCACAGCCAGUGCAUGCUUCGGCCAUGCCAGCCGUGCCUCAGCCACAGGAGCUCGACAUCAGCAUGAUGGACAACUGGGAUGAUCCAGAAGGAUACUACAAUGUGCGUCUUGGUGAGUUGAUCAAUGGACGGUAUCAUGUACAGCAGAGCCUCGGCAAAGGCAUGUUCUCAUCCGUCGUACGCGCGACCGACUCGAAAACUGGUAAGCUGGUUGCAGUCAAGAUCAUUCGACAGAACGACACCAUGAGGAAGGCAGGUAUGAAGGAAAUUGGCAUUUUGGAACAGCUCCAUGAAGCCGACCCCGAUGAUAAAAAGCACAUCAUCAAAUUCGAGCGCCAUUUCGAUCACAAGGGACAUCUCUGUAUGGUUUUCGAGAAUCUCAGCAUGAACUUACGUGAGGUGUUGAAGAAAUUUGGACGAGAUGUUGGGCUGAACCUAAUGGCGAUUCGGGCGUACGCACAGCAGAUCUUCCUCGGGCUGAGUUUGCUUCGGAAGUGUAAUAUCCUCCAUGCGGACUUGAAACCCGACAAUCUACUGGUCAACGAACAGCGAAAUGUCCUCAAGGUCUGUGACUUGGGCUCUGCAUCGUCGACUACGGAGAACGAGAUUACACCGUACCUUGUGAGUCGGUUCUACAGAGCCCCCGAGAUCAUCCUGGGCAUUCCCUACGAUCAAGCCAUUGAUGUAUGGUCCAUUGGCUGUACGUUAUUCGAGUUGUACACGGGCAAGAUUUUGUUUACGGGGCGGAAUAACAAUCAGAUGCUAAGGUCAAUCAUGGAAUGUCGGGGCAAAUACCCGCCCAAGCUUUUGCGAAAGGGAUCGCUGACGCACAUGCAUUUUGACGACAUGUUGAAUUUCCACAGCACCGAAGAAGACAAGAUCACAGGGCGUCUGGUCACGCGGGUGGUUGACUUCAAAAAGCCCACUCGGGAUCUGAAAACGAGGCUGAUGGGCAAAGGUACUCGCGGAAUGACGGACAGCGAGGCCAAGGAGCUGACACUGUUUGUGGAUCUGCUGGAUCGCUGUUUGAGUCUCAACCCGGAAAAACGGUGCACACCGGCUGAGGCUCUGAAGCAUCCAUUCAUUUCGCGGCCGAAGACUUAGUUUCGUUGCCUGGAGUGGAGCUCCGACUCACCGUUCCUUGUAUAUAGUAUAAUGCCAUCGUAGUAUACUUGUGUCUACUCAAUCCAAUGGGAAUAUACCACCGUUCCCCAUUUUCAUCGGGCGAAGUUGCCACUUAUCUGAUUGCCGGGUGGAGUAGGGAUUUGAAUUGUCUAGACCAACAGUUCCCCCUCUAGCGGUGGCAAACAUUAGGCUGUCUGACUCAAUGGAUGAUGCAAGGACGAUCC